AUGAGUGUCGCAACUACGGAACCAGCUUCGUCGCUCUAUUCGACUGGCGUCAAAGAAGGAUGGAUCGGCGUUAACCAGUCAUCUGGCGUCGUUCUCGUGGAUGACAUCUUUCCCAACGAGAAUGCACAAAUGCUGUCGUGGUGGCGCGAUGCACUGCGUGGCAUUGCAGCCAACGUCUCGUCUGCAAACUGUAUGGUGCUAGCUUCAACGCCGCUUGUAUCGAAUCUGCUCGAACAGCACGACAAUUGUCACGACGCCAGCAGCACCACCAGCAGCACCAGCGGGAACGAUAACGUAAUCUAUCUUACCCGACGUCGCGGUAUGAUGAGCGCCCUUCCCGUCUUUGACGACGCGCAGAAAGCCAUCGACUUUUAUUCCGACGAGGGGAAUAGCAAUCAAGUACCUUUGCAAUUCGUGCUGCGUCAAGAAUGCACCUUGUGCCUGUUGCACAGCAAUCCGCGCCUUCUCCGGAGCAUGGCGCGCGACGUGGAUGCGAGAAUCUUUCGCUUCCUUGCCACACGCAUGGGACAGGACAGCACGACGACCGUAAAAGCUCCCCUCACAGCUUCCGUGCCACCACCGAUGCUGGCAAUGUCUUCGCACACUGGCAGCAUUGCUGGCGGGGCACUGACGCCGUCUUCCAUCUUCACCCAACAUAGCAUGCAGGCCCCGCAGCACUACUUCAUGCCCUCUCCUCCAGCCGUGGAAAGAUUCUCAAGUAGCUCGAUUGGAAGCAAAUCGAGCCACGAUGAUGAUUCCAGCAUCCUGUCCGAGAAGCCCGUACUUCCGAGUCCGGUGGUCACCGAAAACCCCGUCACCGGCGAAAAGGUGCUGCAGCAAGAUCGCCAAGUGCGCUACCUGGCUCCGCUUGUGACCGGCUUGGGUCUUGGCUUGAACGUCUUCAUGAUGUCUGGCUUCAUUGCCAAAAUCGUGAUCGAGACUUUGGUGGACGGCAACUACGCUCGCUUUGCCUUUGUUGUUCUGCUACCAUUCUUCAUGUUGGUCUCGCAAUUCUUGUGGGAGAACCUGACGGCAUGCGUUGCACAAAUUUGCUUCCCCAUCCGACAAAUGCACGAGAACUCUCUGUACUACAGUGGCCAGGCUAGCGAGCCACUUCCGCCGGACCACGUUUUGCCGCAGUUCACCAUCAACAUGCCUUGCUACAAGGAGGGUCUCUCCUCGGUGCUUGCUCCAAGCUUGGAGAGUGCUUUGGAGGCCGUGCGUGCGUACCGUGCACUUGGAGGCGUUGCCAACAUUGUUGUCUCUGAAGACGGACUUCGACUGCUGACUCGCGAAGAGGCUGAGGAGCGCAUCCGCUACUACAGCUCCAUGGGCGUCGGAUGGGUUGCUCGUCCUCGUCACAGCAGCGAAGAGGGGGGCUACAUUCGCAAAGGCCGCUUCAAGAAGGCGUCCAACCUCAACUUUACCUACAACCUUUCUCUGCGCACCGAGGAGAUCCUGGAAAGCAAUGAUGGUCAAAGCGGGGACUUGGAGCAACAGUAUAACGAAGCACUCGCCCAGGCCGUCGAAGAAAGCAACGGACUUGCUUGGGCGUCGGGCAACAUCCGCAUUGGUGACCAUAUCCUGCUCAUCGACUCGGACACGCGUAUGCCGGCGGACUGCUUGAUCGAAGCGGCAGCCGAGAUGGAGCGAUGUCCUGAAGUCGGUGCUUUGCAGCAUUGCUCUGGUGUGAUGUACGUGCAGAACCACUACUUCGAGCGAUUCAUUGGCUACUUUACCUCGGCUUGCGUCAACUUCAGUAUCUCUUGGAUUUGUGCCAACGGAGCCAUGGCACCUCUCAUGGGACACAACGUCUUCCUGCGCUGGAAAGCCGUACAGGAGGUGUCCAAUCUGGACACUGACGGCGAACGCACCUUCUUCUCGCCCCAUCACGUGUCGGAAGACUUCGAGAUGGCGCUCAAGCUGCAAAUGAAGGGGUAUGUGAUUCGCUGGGCCACGUACUCGGAUCAAGGCUUCACCGAGGGUGUCUCGUUCACACCCGAAGAUGAGACAGCACGUUUCCAAAAAUAUGCAUAUGGAUGCUCCGAGAUUGUUUUCAACCCACUUCGUCAAUGGUUCACCCGCGGUCCGAUCAGCAAGCUCUUCCGCACCUUUAUCACGAGCGACGUCAACGCCUCGUACAAGAUCGCCACGAUCUCGUACCUGUCGACAUACUAUGCUCUCGCCAUCGCAUUCCCCGUGACCGUCGUCGUCUUUGUGGUCCAAGGCCUGUUCCUGCCGUACCUAGAUCCGAUCUUCUUGCCAUCCUUCGACGUUUUUGUCACGGUCACGGUCGUGUUUACACUGGCCGGUGGUAUGGGACUGAUCACUGCACGUGCUCGCUCAGGCCACGCUUCGUUUGGGCAAGCGGCUCUGCAAGCGGUUGGGCAUGCGCCGGCGAUGGCAGUGUUCUUCAGCGGUCUGGCGUUCCACAUCAUGACGGCGCUCGCAGCACACAUGUUUGGCUACAACAUGACGUGGGGCUCGACCAACAAGGAUUUCAAGCAGUCGUCGCUCAGAGCGGUGAUCCGUCGCUUCUGGACCGUGUACGUGGUCAUGACGGUCUUCCUGCUGGCCGUGAUUCUUUCCUGCUCACCGCUCGUACCGCUCAAGUGGCGCAUGGAGUCGUUCCAGCUGCUUGUGCCGGUAAUCUUGCUGUGCUCUAUGCACAUUCUCUUCCCUAUCAUUCUCGAUCCUGGUGUACUGGAAAAGUACCUGCCGGACAUUGGACAAAACGAAUUUGCUCUCAAACUCAGGUCCAAGCAGAAGGCCUUCUUCCACACCGCCGGCCAGCGAGUCAAGAGCAAGUACGUCACUCACUUCUCCAGCGCUGCAGACCGAGCAGAGCGGGGCGAAGCCGGCGCACAGCAGCUGUCAGACGAGGUCCGCAGCGAAAAGGACGCACAGAUGUUUGAUGUCGCUUCCCCGCCGAGCAACUCGCCACCGUUGCGGAUGUACUCAGGUGUCGUGUAA